GCUGCCCUUCUUUUUUUUUUGGUUGGGCUUGUUCUCUCCUCAUGUGCUCGAUUUAUGCUGGAUUUCAGGUUUUGCAGCCACAGUGGAGAAGGAAGCACACCCGAUUUCUACUUCUUGUCAAUCCCAACACAAAAUUCGCCUUCUUUCCUCGCGCGAUUUCUUCUUCGGACAACAACAAUGGCUCACUUUCAUCCUCCAGACAAAACAACCGAAACUUGGGUUAUGAUCCUUCAGAGGAACUGUUUGGUGAUGAUUUCAAGCCCAGGAAUGUAUCUGGUGAUUCUCGCGAGCCGAGGUCAUGGUUUGGUCCCAACGGUCAGUACAUUCGAGAGCUUCCUUGUCCUACUUGUAGAGGAAGAGGUUAUACUUCAUGCUCAAAUUGCGGGAUCGAGAGGCCGAGGCUGGAUUGCCCUCAAUGCAAAGGAAAGGGCAUAAUGACUUGUCUCAGAUGCUUGGGAGAUUGUGUCAUCUGGGAAGAAUCAAUCGAUGAACGACCUUGGGAGAAAGCUAGAUCAAGUUCUCCAUUUAGAGUAAAGGAAGACGAUGAGGUUGAUAAUUUAGAGAUAAAGUUCAGUAGAAGAGGCAAAUCUAAGCGGAUUUACCAGUCACCGCCUCCUGAAGUUGGACAAAAGAUCAGCCGAUCUUUAAAAAGUCUCAAUGCCAAGACCGGACUUUUUAGUAAGCGAAUGAAGAUUAUACAUCGUGAUCCCGUGCUUCAUGCUCAAAGGGUAGCUGCAAUUAAGAAAGCUAAAGGAACACCAUCUGCUAGAAAGCAUGCGUCCGAAUCUAUGAAAACUUUCUUCAGUAACCCUGAAAACCGUGAAAAGAGGAGCUUAUCCAUGAAAGGAAUUAAAUUUUACUGCAAGAACUGCGGAGAGGAAGGCCAUAGACGCCAUUACUGUCCAGACCUGGAAACUGAUGUGGACAGAAGGUAUAAGUGUCGGGUUUGUGGCGGGAAAGGCCACAACCGAAAGACCUGUCCUAAGUUGAAAUCAAUGGUCACUAAAGGCAUUUCCACAAGGUAUCACCGAUGUGGAAUAUGCGGUGAGAGUGGUCACAACAGUAGAACAUGCCGGAAGCUGACAAGGGUAGUGAAACCGAGUGACGAUUCCGGGGAAGAUGGUGUUGGGAAGAGAGGGUAUGCUUGUGGGUUCUGCAAGAAAAAGGGACAUAAUGUGAGAAACUGUCCAAGUAAACGAGUAUCAAACAGUGAAUCUUGCUUAGAGCAAGAAAGUUCUUGAUCAUGUUUCUUUGGUUAGGUUUGGUUUUGCUUUGAAGCAGAAAUAACCAAUCACUUUUAAGGGAUAGAUAUAUUUCGGUUUAGAAUCAAACUUUGAGU